CCAAAAGUAAGGGGUCGGGACUGUAAUUUUACCGUUAACAGAAUUUGCAGAGAAGGACAAAAACCCGACACGGACUCUUUAGGACGGAUGCAGGAAAAGUGUCGGUACCUUGUUGAGGGUGUUGACACCUUGCAGCUCGUGCUGCACAUCUUUCAGCUCAUGCUCGACCUCUGCACUUUGUGUUCAAGUUCUGCACUUCGUGCUCGGCCUCUGCAGCUCAUGGCUGACCUCGGCAGUGACAAGUGUUUUCAGCUCAUGCUCGACCUCUGCACCUCGUGUUCAACUUCUGCACUUCAUGCUCGGCCUCUGCAACUCGUGGCUGACCUCGGUAGUGAGUGUUUGAGCUCUUCAGCUUGUGCUCAAGUUCUGCACUUCGUGCUCGACCUCGGCAGCAGGUGUUUUCAACUCAUGCUCGACCUCUGCACCUCGUGUUCAACUUCUGCACUUCAUGCUUGGCCUCUGCAGCUCGUGUUUGAGCUCGGCAGCUCGUGUUUGAGCUCGGCAGCUCGUGUUGGAGCUCUGCAGCUUCUUGCAGCUCAUGGUCCAGCACUUAGCACCUCGGCAUUUUGCAACUCGUGCUUCAGCAUCUCGCACCUCGGACUUGUGCAAUUUGUAGCUUGGACUUUUGCAAUUCGUAGCUUGUGCUCGAGCAAGACGUUUGUAGCAGCUCGUGCUCAAAUAAGAUAUUUGGACCUCGUGCUCCAGCAAGUUGUUUCAGCUCAUGUUCGAGAUAAUGGUAUUUCGAGAAUCUCAGACUUUGAUGACGAGGAUGGAGAGCUUGAGGCAUUGGCGGAUGGCGCGGGUGGCGGUAGCCAUGUGAGCGGAGAACCAGUUGAUGACUCCACCGUCUUUGUUGAAUGCCAUCUCCCCCAACUCCAUGCCUUUCUUCACCAGACCCUCCAACCCCAUUUCUGUUUCCUUCAUUUUCAUUAUAACCAACUAAAUAGAUAAGAAGUACAUUUAUGGUUGAAGAACAAAGAGGCACAUGACCACCAUAGUUGAAACCGAAGGAGUUUAGAAGGAAAGGGAUAAGUUUCUUUCUUCUUCAUUUUUUUUUUUUUUUGGUGGACCCCUCUGAGUUACCUUAAGCUUGUGUUUUGCUGACACUUUUUUGCUUCUUGAAUACUCAUGGCUGACAUUGUAACCUGCCCCGAUAAUUGUGCAGAGCUACUCUCUUGUUUGUCUUUUUGUGAAAGCUUCUCUUCCUCAUGGGUGAAUAGACCCUUUUCAUCACA